AUGUUUUCGCGAUCAGAAAAGGCCGCCGUCGCUCCGCGGAGCUCGAGCGAGGACGGCAACUAUGUCCCUGACCCUGCUGCCGUCGAGUACGACUCAGACCUCCACGUCGAGUGCCCGCCGCACACCACCGAGCGCCGCCUCGUCAAUAGGAUUGACUUCCACGUCAUCCCGUAUCUGUGUGUGCUGUACUUGUUGGCUUUCCUCGACAGGGUCAACAUAGCCAACGCCAAUGUGUUCGGCUUGUCGGAAGACCUGGGUCUGGCCUCCAAGAACAGCAUGAACACCACCCUUGCCGGAGCAUUCGGUGGUCUCCUCGCAUCUGCCAUCGGGAAGAUGGAUGGGGUUCGUUCAUAUAGGGGCUGGAGGUGGAUCUUCAUUCUGGAGGGCCUUCUGACCGUCGUCGUCUCCGUAAUUUUCUUCUUCGUGCUUCCCAACUUUCCGGAGGAGGCGAAGUGGCUCACUGAAGAGGAAAGGAGAUACGUCAAGGCCCGUCUACAGGCUGACCAGGGUCGUUCGGCCGCCGAGCGUCAAAUCACCCUUGGCGAUAUUGGCCGAGUCUUCAAAGACCCCAAAAUCUGGGUCGGCGGAUUCAUGUAUUUUGGCCUGAUCGUCCCCGCAUAUGGCUACGCAUACUUCUCUCCGACCAUCAUUAAGACGUAUGGCUACUCGGCGAUCCAGACCCAGCUGCAUAGCGUACCACCAUGGGCAGCUGCAUUCGGCCUUGCCAUGACUGUCGCCUACUUCUCGGAUAAAACCCGACACCGCUUCCUCUUCACCCUGAUACCGAUCGCUAUCGCGAUUGCUGGUUUUGGCAUUCUCAUCUCUGUACAUGACAACAAGGAGUUGCAGUAUGCCGCCCUUUUCCUCGUCGCGAUGGGCUGCUACUCAGCAAUGCCUGUCAUUGUCUGCUGGUUCAAUAUGAACAUAGGAGGACACCACAGGAGGAGUUGCGCCUCGGCCUGGCAGGUUGGAUUUGGGAACAUUGGCGGCAUCAUAGCCGUUUUCGCAUUCCUCUCGAAAGAUGGACCGGAAUACAUUCCCGGACACGCCAUCUGCAUAGCAUUUAUUUGCUUGAGCGCGCUGAGCUGCACUCUUUACUGGGUCCUCUGUUCUUGGUCGAACAAGAAGAGGGACAAGACCCCAACGGAUUUGGGGCUCACCGAGUACGAGAAGACUGAGAUGGGUGACUUGAGCCCUGACUAUAGGUACCUCCUGUAG